CCUGUAAGCACAUGACUCACGAGACAGAGCUGGUGUUUGGGUUGAGAAUGAACUGAAGCUAAUUUGUAGUUGGUGUUAGUAACUGUACGUCAUGGCUUCAUCUAAAGGCAGAAUAAUAACUAUUGUAGGAAGUGGGCUAAUUGGCCGCUCCUGGGCAAUGGUGUUCUUAAGUGGAGGAUACAGUGUUAAAAUCUAUGACAAUCAGCCAGGACAAGCAUCAAGGGCCAUCGCAGAAAUCAGGAAGCAAAUAGAGGAGCUUGAGGAAGCUCAAAUGCUUAGAGGAAAGCUGAGUGCCUCAGAACAGUUGAGUCUCCUGAGCAGUCAUGAUGAUCUUUCACAGGCACUAGAGGGAGCAUUUUUUGUUCAGGAGUGUGUUUUUGAGGAACUGAAGGCCAAGCAGACUGUUUUCCAGGCUGUGGAAAAUCAUGUUGGUGAGGACACCAUCCUCAGCAGUUCCACCUCAUGUCUGAUGCCCAGCAAUGUCUUCUCUCUUGUCCAGAACCCAAAACGCUGUAUUAUAUCCCACCCGGUCAACCCACCCUACUAUGUUCGUCUGGUUGAGCUGGUUCCUCACCCUGAGACCCUGCCUUCAGCUAUGGAUGCAGCUUUUGAACUGAUGUCUGAGGUGGGGCAGGCACCUGUACGUCUCAGGAAGGAGAUUGAUGGCUUUGCACUAAAUCGUGUCCAGUAUGCCAUUAUAGCGGAAUGCUGGAGACUGGUUAAAGAUAAUGUGAUCUCAGUAAAGGAUAUUGAUCUGGUGAUGUCAGAGGGGCUGGGCAUGCGCUAUGCUUUCAUUGGUCCAAUCGAAACUAUGCAUCUGAAUGCACCAAAUGGUCUUGAAGACUACCUCGGACGUUAUCGGCAAGGCAUAAGAAGAGUUCUUUCUAGUUUUGGGCCUAUUCCUGAGUUUGAUGGAGAAGCAGCAACUAGAAUCAAUAAAGAGAUCUGUGAGCUUAUUCCAAAUGACCAGGAACAUCUAUCUGCUAGAAGAGAGAGACGGGAUCAGCUGUUGAUGGGACUGGCUAAGCUUAAGAAGUGAAUGGCUACUUCUUAGCUAAUCAUAAUUUCAAUUUAAGAAACAAAGAAUUAUUUAAAUGUAACUGAGCCAAGAAUACGGUUUCAACACCAUCAUGUUUUUUCUCACUGUAUAUUUGAUUCUGAAUUAAACACAGAACCUAAGACU